CAGAAAUGCCAACUGACCCAGCCGGGACUCGAACAAGCGACUCUUUUGCUGUGAGGUGACCACUGAGCCGCCGUAUCGCCCCCAUGGUAAUUUAUAUUAUGUUAGAGUUAUAAGCCAUAUUUCAGACAUUGAAAAAGUGUGAUAACAAUGACCUCUGUCAAUUUUACAUUGCGUUGUACAAUUUUAGAAGAUAAUAACAAAACUAAUUAGAGUGUGAAGGGUGUUUCUUUAUUCAUAACGUUAGUUAAAUAAAGCUGCCCACUUGUUUGUAUUUUCAAGGGACCAGAAGAUGUACAACUGGUUACGUUGUGACUUGUGAGUAAAUAGGCUACGUGGCCGCGAUGAUGGAUAUCAAUAAUAUCUUCACAUUAGCAGAGCCUCCGCCUUGUUGAUUGGAUGGAUGAGAGGCACGCUCACAUAAACGUCAAUCAGCUGGUCGUCAUGGAAACAGAAAGGCGCGUAACCUGCUGUGCUGAGCCUCUGCGCCCGCCAGAUCUGCGAGUGGAUUUAUAAACGAAUCUCCUCGCUCUUCACAGCCGUGAGAAGAGUUUACGUCGUUCUCUUCACUUUACAGCAUCUCCACAUCUUUAUGCUGUCAAUAUGUAAGCUGAAAAUCACCCAGUUGUGUAAUCAAUCCUAUAUUCCCAGUAAGGACUAUUAUUGACUUUGGUGCUGUUUGAUUAACCAUGUCCACACAAGAGAAUGAAUUAUCCGAUGGUCAGGAGAGGGUUGGUUUGAAGAGAAAACUGACUGGUCCACCGAGACUUCUGCUGGGGAAGUCCAAAUCAAAGGAGAAAUUGGAAGGUAAAUCUCAGAGAAGGCAAAGAGAAGCUAAAUCUUGUGAUGGCACAACGGACAAUAAUGAUCAAGUAAAUGAUGGAAAAACCAAUGAAUCUUCACAUAUUACCCACAACAGCCCUCAAAACGCCUCAGAGGGGACAGCAACCCAGCCAGAAGAUACCUCAAGAAUUCUUGUAACAUUGGAGGAGAGUGAAAACAGGGAUGAAAAUAUGGCAAGUAAAAUAAUGACCAAAAGUUCUUCAAAAGCAUCCAUUAAGAGGACAUUUUCCUCACUUCUCAGGCGUGGAAAAAGGAAGGAAAAUGAGUCUUGGAAUCCAAAAGAAACUAAAAAAAAUAUAAACAAUGCUCAAAACAACACGUGUGAGAAUGAAUUAAGGGAUGCAAACAACAAAGAAGUUCCUAAUGGAAAAGGUAAAAAAAGGGGUUUCUUCACCGUUUGGUUAAUUUCUAAGAGAUCUGCAACAUCUGAUGUUGGUCUAGGAAGGGGAUGUAAAGAGGAAGAUGGUAGAAUGGAUUCUGAGGACAUUGCAGCACCGAAAGGUUUGACAUUUAAAAAGAUCUACCGCAUCUUUUCUAGAAAGAAGAAAGCACCCCCUAUUGAUCAGUUUGAGUGUAGUGCCCCUAGCGCAUCACAAACUGAAGUAGAUGAUCAACUGGAUCAAUCACCUGCCGCUGAGAUGGACAUUUCCAGGCUCAAGAGAGAAGAUAACCAAAUGGAAAACCGAGAAAUGCAAGCAGAAAUCGUUCCAGAGACUUUUACAUUCAGUGCCGAGGUCAGCAUUAACACAAAUAUUGAGUCUAACCACACUGAUGAGGAGCAAUUAUGUUCUGACCAAACCCUGAGGAUGAAUAAAAAUGAAUCCCAGGAGCUUCCAACUAGUGGUCUUUUGGAUUCUGAGGUUCUGCCAUCGAGUUCGAUUCAUUGCAAUAUUGUCUCCGAUUUGCCGGUCACAUCAUCAGAUAAUGAUCAAGUCUUAAAGCCAAUUGAAAACGAUCUUAAAUGCAGGCCAAUGAUUACUAUAGAGCAUGCAAACUCCUCAGAAGAAGAGAAUGAGAACGAGCCACCACAGUUUGAUGCUCUUACAGUCAAUGGGUCCUGGCAACAUUUAAAAAUAAACGGUCUUACAAACAACACUCUACAUCCAGACGUGGACCACAGCCGAUGUAAUGAGAGCUUACUGAUUCAGACAGCAAUUUCAAUGGUGGAAGCAGCCAUCCGUGGUGCUGUGGAACAGUUCACAAUUGAGCAGCAGCACAAUCAGAUAAGUUUGGACCGCGUAUAACCAACCACCCACAAAUUCUAACUCUAUCUGUAUUUUAACUGUAUUCAGCGAAUGCUUUCUUAUUUCUUUAAAAUGGUAUAUAUUUGGAUGUAACUGCUAAAAAGUUUAGAGAGGAAUUUCUUGUGAUUUUAAAUGUGAAACUUAAAUAUACUUCUGUUUUUCCAUAUGCAUGACUGUUUUUGCAUACUGUGUAAAAAUGACAAAAUCCACACCAUACACAAACACUGAAGUAGCAUAUGUAGCUUGCACAUACACGUUCAGUUGUUCUUGCACUAUUUAGCUUUUAGUUUUUAUUAAUUAAAAUUUUUAUUAAACUC